AUGGAACCCCCACCUCAAAUCUCCGAGAUGUUCCAGAAAUUCGCCCUUGCUGUCAAAGCCAAGACCUUCGAGCUCUUCGCCGAAGACGCCGCCGCCGACAAUCGAGAUUCAGCCUCCGCUGUUGAUUCUGACGUCAUCUCUUUGUUAGACUCGGCUGAGGAGUUCAUACCUGACCAGAAAGUGGUCGUUAUCAAGCCUGACAAGGAUUAUGGCCCGGACCCGGAUGCCCACCUGACCCAAACCGUAAUCCUUUCACUCUUUGCGACCAUCUCUUCAUUUGAAGCCUCGUAUUUGCAGUUCCAAACGGCCCAUGUCCCCCAAAUUGACCAAAACGCCCUUGAACAAGCAGAUAAAUCACUCAUCUCAGUUCUCCAGAAACUGACUGAAAUGAAGAAUAUCUAUAAGAAUUUCAAGAAAAGGAGCUCGGGUUUGCCCAGAGAAUUUGAGUUUCCGGCUGGAUCAUUUUUGGAAUUUCAGGUGCAGGAGAAUCAGAGCAAGCUCAGGGCUUUAGAGACCAUGGUAAAUUCAUUGCAAUCUGAGAUUGAUGCAAAAGAUGAUGAUGUCUUGAUCUUGAGGAAAAAAAUCGACAAAAUUCGGAGUUUUAACUUGAAUUUAUCGGAACAAUUGGGGUUCAAAAAGGAAAAAAUGGAAGCUAGCAAGGAUGUUUUAUUGACAAUUCGGGUUUUUGAAGCUAUGUUGAAUGAUUCAGUUAAGUCUUUACGAUGUUUUACGAAGUUUUUGAUUGAUUUGAUGAGAAGAGCAGGGUGGGAUUUGGAGAAAGCUGCAAUUUCUGUCUAUUCGGACAUUGAUUACGUGAAAAAAGGGCAUUUCCGGUACGUAUUUUUGUCCUAUAUUUGCUUGGGAAUGUUUAGGAAUUUUGAUAUGAAUGAUUUUGGAUUAGGUGAUAGUCAAGUAAUGUGUAAUGGAAAUGGUUCAAUACAUGGUGAAAAUAGUACAAUUCAUGGUGGUUAUUUGAGAGAACUAAUUGAACACGUAGCCAGUAAUCCGAUGGAAAUCUUGAGUAAGAAUCCAAAAUGUGGGUUUUCACGGUUUUGUGAGAAGAAAUACGAGGAAUUGAUUCACCCGACUAUGGAGUCUUCAUUGUUCAGCAACUUAGAUAGGAAGGAAAAGGUGUUGGACUCGUGGAAGUCGUUGAGUGUAUUUUACGAGUUGUUCGUUAGAAUGGCGAGCUCUAUAUGGUUGCUUCAUACAUUGGCCUAUUCGUUUGAUCCCGUGGUAGAGAUAUUUCAGGUCGAGAGAGGUGUAGAUUUUUCAAUGGUGUACAUGGAAGAUGUUUUGGGGAAAUGUAGUUUCCGGGGAAAGACUAGGCCUAAGGUCGGGUUCACAGUUGUGCCGGGUUUUAAAGUUGGAAGGACUGUGAUUCAAUCACAGGUUUAUCUCACUGGCUUAAAGUGUACAGAGUAG